AUUAAUGACAAAAGUUUAAAUUUGAACCUUGAGAUCACAGGGAACUACUAGUUUAUUGAGGAGGAGUAUGACUUAACUCUUUACAUUGGCUGCAUUGAGGGAGAAAAGUUAGGAUGGGGAGAGACUUGGGGCAAGGAAGACAAUUGGAAAGAUAUAAUAGUCCAAGUGAGAGAUCAUUGAACUAAAGUGGUGACUGUGAAUGGACAGGCAGUGAGAGAUAUUGUAGGGGGGGUACAAAUAACCAAGGCUGACUAUAAUUGACAUAUGGGGGUGGAGUGAAAAUGAGGAGUUGAAGUCAGAGUUGAUAUUGUGGGACUGGAGAUCAGGCAAAGUGACAGAACCUAGAAAUAAUAAUAAUGUUUCACCCAUCAUCACUGGAGAUGGAGGGCAUUUAAAUCUAAUAAUUAGCUUUAUUACAAAAUUUUCCUUGGUUGUGUAUUAUAUUUCUUAAAAGCACACAAGUUUUUUGUUUCUCUGGAAGCAUGGAAAAAGCUCAUACAAUAUGGAUGUUUGUGAGUAAACCUUUUCUUCAGAGAGAACUUUUGAAAAUGAUGACUCAUUCACUACUUCUCACUCUGUUCUGUACAUUCUCAGAUAUUUUUUAGGAUCAUUGUUGAAAGGACUAAAGAAAAGUUAAUGUUCACAUAGAUAAGAGUCAAAGUUUGCUUCCCCCACUUCUAUUUUAAAAAAUGUUAUUUUUCAGAUUCAGGACGUGUGAUUACAGUAGACCAGUAAAUACAGCAAGGAAACUUUGAAUAGAUGUCUUUGUCCCUGGGAGCAAGAUGUCGGACAAGAUGCCCUCUGGGUCCCUUCAAAUCCUUGUGUGCUUUAUUUGAUGUUAUUUUAUCACAAACUCCUAUUUUUUCAUUGCACGGAGCCAGAUAGCCCUCAAAGCAAAUAGCUUCAGCAUCCAUGGAAGACAUUUCCUGCAUCCCUGCAUCAUUUGCAGAGCCGACCAGUCUCCAUGGCAACAUGUCCGAUUGAAAGAUGUGUGGAGAGCAGGGAAGAGAGGAUCGAGUUAGGAGCACCAAGUGGUGGUGUGUGUCCCUGACGUCACCUUCUCAGCUUUUUGAUAGGAUGAUUUGGUCUACUCCCAUUCAAGGGCUCUGGACUGAGCUUCUUUAUGAGAGUGUGCAUGCAGCGUGAGGGCACUGGCUUUGGAAGACUGCCUCCCUGGGUUUUCUCCCCCCCAUCCCUUCUAGUCCAUUUUUUCCCCCUUUUCCUUUUUUCCUUUUCUUUCUGGCUCUAAUCAGUCUCUGAGAAUGUGUAGCUUGUUUUCAGUCUCUUGGAGGCUACCGCUCAGCUCGGCUCACCAUAAAGGCAGGAAGGCAUGGCUGCGUUUCACCUGACCUCAGAAACACAGCAAAAUCAGUUCUGAGAAUCCUGACUAUGCAGAAAUUUAUCGAAGCGGAUUACUAUGAACUCGACUGGUAUUAUGACGAAUGUACAGAUGUUUUAUGUGCUGAGAGAGUGGGCCAGAUGACUAAAACAUACAAUGACAUAGAUGCUGUGACACGUCUUCUUGAGGAGAAAGAGCGGGAUUUAGAAUUAGCUGCUCGGAUUGGCCAGUCGUUGUUGAAGAAGAACAAAACUCUGACCGAGAGGAAUGAACUGCUUGAGGAACAAGUAGAUCAUAUCAGGGAAGAGGUGUCUCAAUUGCGUCAUGAAUUGUCUAUGAAGGAUGAACUGCUUCAAUUCUAUACCAGUGCUGCUGAAGAGAGUGAGCCUGAAUCUGUCUGCUCAACCCCGUUGAAGAGAAAUGAAUCUUCAUCCUCCGUCCAGAACUAUUUUCAUUUGGAUUCUCUUCAAAAGAAACUAAAAGAUCUUGAAGAAGAGAAUGUUGUACUUAGAUCAGAGGCCUGCCAACUGAAGACCGAAACAAUCACUUAUGAGGAAAAGGAACAACAGCUUGUUAAUGAUUGUGUCAAAGAGCUGAGGGAUGCUAAUGUCCAGAUCGCCAGUAUCUCAGAAGAGUUAGCUAAGAAGACUGAGGAUGCAUCCCGGCAACAAGAAGAGAUCACCCAUCUUCUCUCUCAAAUAGUCGAUCUGCAGAAGAAGGCUAAGGCUUGUGCUGUUGAAAAUGAGGAGCUCGUCCAACAUUUGGGGGCUGCUAAAGAUGCCCAGAGACAACUUACAGCUGAGCUGCGGGAGCUAGAGGACAAGUAUGCAGAAUGCAUGGAAAUGCUUCAUGAGGCGCAGGAAGAGCUGAAAAAUCUCCGCAACAAAUCCAUGCCAAAUACCAUCUCCCGACGUUAUCACUCCCUGGGCCUCUUUCCUAUGGACUCCUUGGCUGCUGAGAUAGAAGGAUCAAUGCGAAAGGAGCUACAGAUGGAAGAACCUGAAUCUCCUGACAUAACCCAUCAGAAACGCGUCUUUGAGGCUGUGAGAAACAUGAAUCAAGUAGUCAAGCAGCGGUCCCUUACCCCAUCACCCAUGAACAUCCCAGGCUCCAACCAGUCUUCAGCCAUGAACUCCAUCAUCUCCAGCUGUGUCAGCACACCAAGGUCUAGCCUCUAUGGAGGUGACAUCACCAACAUCAUGAUUGACAAUAAGACCAACAGCAUCAUCCUGGAAACAGAGUCAUCAGACAUGGGAAAUGAGGACAAGAAUAAGAAGCCUGGGACUCCAGGGACUCCUGGCUCCCACGACCUGGAGAUAGCCCUUCGGCGACUGUCACUUCGACGGGAGAAUUACCUUUCGGAAAGAAGGUUCUUCGAGGAAGAGCAAGAGAGGAAGCUACGGGAAUUGGCAGAGAAGGGCGAGCUUCACAGUGGCUCCCUUACUCCAACUGAAAGCAUCAUGUCCCUCGGCACCCACUCGAGAUUCUCAGAAUUCACUGGGUUUUCUGGCAUGUCAUUCAGCAGCCGUUCCUACCUGCCUGAGAAACUCCAGAUUGUGAAACCCUUAGAAGGUUCUGCUACACUUCACCACUGGCAACAGUUGGCCCAGCCUCACCUGGGGGGCAUCCUGGACCCCCGGCCCGGAGUUGUCACCAAGGGCUUCCGGACCCUGGACGUUGACCUGGACGAAGUGUACUGCCUUAACGAUUUUGAAGAAGAUGAGACAGCUCAUCAUCCUGGGAAGUGUAUGUCGCAGACCAACUCCACUUUCACCUUUACCACCUGCCGCAUCCUGCACCCCUCCGAUGAGCUCACGAGGGUCACGCCAAGCCUUAACUCAGCACCGACUCCAGCUUGUGGCAAUUCUAGCAACUUGAAGUCCACGCCAGUGGGCACGCCAUGCACCCCCCGGCGCCUGAGUCUGGCCGAGUCUUUCACCAACCUCCGGGAAUCCACCACCACCAUGAGCACGUCCCUCGGGCUGGUGUGGCUGCUGAAGGAGCGGGGCAUCUCGGCGGCCAUGUACAAUCCCCAGAGCUGGGACCGGGCCGGCAGGAGCCCCCUCUUGAACCCCUACUCCCCUAAAAUGGCUGUGAUCCCUUCCACCCCUCCAAAUUCGCCUAUGCAGACUCCGUUGUCUUCCCCGCCCUCCUUUGACUUCAAAUGUACCAGUCCCCCUUAUGACAACUUCUUGGCUUCCAAACCCGCCAGCUCCAUCCUGAAGGAGGUGAGGGAGAAAAAGAACAUUAGGAACAGUGAGAGCCAGACGGAGGUUUCUGUCUCCAACCUCAACCUUGUGGACAAAGUCAAGCGGUUCGGCAUUGCCAAGGUGGUGAACUCAGGGCGCACCCAUGCCCCCGCUUUGACGGAAGACCAGGGGCCUCUUCUCUGCCCAGGGGCCCAGGGGCCAGCGAGGGCCCUCGUCCCUGAGGGCCUUCCCCUCGGCUGCCCUGUUGUCACGAGUGCCAUUGGAGGCCUUCAGCUGAACACUGGGAUUCGAAGGAACCGCAGCUUCCCCACCAUGGUGGGGUCCAGCAUGCAGAUGAAAGCCCCCGUGACUCUUACUUCUGGCAUCCUGAUGGGUGCCAAGCUUCCAAAACAGACAAGCUUGCGAUGAGAGGAACUUGGUUCCUUUUUUUUUUUUAAGAAAAAAAAUAACAAAACAAAAAACAAUAUUUUCCUUUACCCUCCCAGUCCUCUGACAUCCCUUCUUACUCCAUCCCCCACUCUCAGUCUCUCUCUGCCUCUGUCUCUCUGUCCCUCUCUCUGUCUCUCUCUCAAUCCCUCCUGAGUAGACAAAUCAAACUUGUGCCUAAUGGGAGAAGAGUGUAAACUUUGUAUAGUAUGUAAAUAUUUAUCAGAGACCUUGUAUCUAAUUUUAUUACUCUUCAGAUAUCAUAAGAAAUGGCCCAACGCUGCAAUCGCUAUCUUAAGGAUUUAACUUGCUGACCUUUACCAGGUCUUUUAAAAAUGUUUUUCUUUUAUUUAAAGAUGCACUGAAAAACCAGUUAUUAUCCUGUGGAUAGGGGGGAAGUAAAUCCUUUGGCUUGCUGACUGUGAUCGUAGGGAUGGUUAUAGUAAGGACGGCAGGCUUUUCACAUGAUACCAAUCACAGCGUCAUCAUUUUGGGUGGAUUAAUGUUCGAUCUCUUGGAUGAAUGUAUCAUAAGCCUGGUCCUUUACUAUAUACACAACAAAGCAGCCAAUUUCAUAUUCGUGUUGGGACAUCCUGAUUUUAUUUUGCUUCUGCCAGUGGUCCAAUUUCUUUAAAGCCCACAUGGCUCCUCUGCCUGAAUGAAAGAUUGUGUCUUUGGAGGGAAACGUUUGUGAUUUUCCUUAUGCAGAAAACUUGAAAUCCCAUUUCUUUGAAUCCACAAGUAGGCCAAAAGUCUGGAAAGAAUGAGGAUGCAUGGAUUUUUUUUUAAGAAGAAAAAACACUUUUUUCCUUCAAACACAUUUUGCAUAAUGGUGCUGUUUGAGCAUCAUGUUACCACGUGCUCUCAUGGCACUGAAAUAUACACUUCACAAGGUUAUUUUCAUCGUGCAUCAGGGAAAAUGGCAACUGGUUUCUGGGAACCACAGCCUCUAAGCAAAAAUAGUCUAAUGAUCCGAGCCAAAGAUCCUUACUUAAAUCAGAGGGCCUAAAGGGGGAAACGUUGGGGGUGUUUCUGGAGAAAGUGUAUUACCUGGUAAGAGAAAACCCACAGCAAAACUGAGGGAUGGCACAGUGGUAUGGAGAGAGGCUAUAGAAUUUUUGAUUGUUAGGUUUCACUUGCAAAAUAUCAGACUAUUUGAAAAAAAAAAAAAAGCAGGGCUGUGGGAUUUUCAUGUGCUCCAUAUCCUUGCCUUUUCCUCAAUAGCCACUUUUGAAAUCCAAACACUUGAGCAGCUCCAAGGUGCGACCACUUAAUACCCAUGUAUUUUCCCCCUCUCUUUAAUAGAGGGCAUCGUAUCAAUGUGAUUUUCUAGCCUAUGGGCUGUUUUUGUUUUUUCCAUUUCCUGUUUACUUUUGUGUCCUGUGCUUGGGAAAAAAAAAAAAAAAGAUGGAGUUGAUUUUGGAGAGAAUGAAAAAUGAAAAGAUACGUUCUGUGGAGUGUUGCAAAUGUGGAGUUUUUUGGGAGAGUAGCAGUCUUAUUUACAAACACAAACAUAUAUAUGCACACACAGGAAUAAAUAAUUGAGGUGAAAGUUACAAGUAACUUCAAGAUACAUUUCAGAAACACGAACCAAAAAUCUUGCAAAUGUAAAGUUGAAGCAUCUUAGUAUUACAUGUCCAGACAUAGCAACAAGAGUGUACUGUAAUAUACUCAAUCUAGUUAAAUAAUGCCUACGAAAAUAACUUUUAUUAUUGAUUCCCUAUUGUGUGUGUGUGUCUCUGUACAUAAAUUUAUCUGCUUUUUAACCUCAUCUAGUCCAUUUCCUAUUCUUCACACCAAUUGUAUUUCUAUAAAAUAUUUCCUUCCAAGAAGGUAGUUUAUUUAUUAUAUUCGGUUAUCACACUUUAUGUCACAGGAUCAUUGCCAUUUCUUCCAGCCUCCUACUUGAAGAAUUACUACUGAUGAUCUUUCACAUAAAUAAUAUGUCAUCUUUGCCCCUCUGAUAGAGUUGUCCGUCCCUGAAGGGAGUCCACAUAGUGUUAUGGACACUUAGGAUGCUUUGAGAGAAAGCAUACAAGCAAGCGCGGCUCAUGUUUUAAAAUUCCUAUUUAUUCUCUAAACCUAAGACAUUUUAGUAAAAGCGUGUCCUCGGCUCGAUUUGCUGUUGUAUGUGUGCACUUACUGCAGAUAACUUAACUAUCUUUUUUUAAAAUUUGAAUGUAUCUUAAACCUGUAGCUAGAUAGGAUAACAGGAAAACCACAGACUGAAUGGACCAUUUUAGAUACCCAAAAUGAAUAAUCAACCAUUACCAUGAAGGAAUUAAAAAAGGAAUAACACAUCAUCCACUUGGGAGGCACAACAGACUUUAGCCUACAGAAUAAAUGGUAGACAUUGUACAACCACUCCCAGAAGGUAUGUUGGGAAAUGCACCAAAUGCUACAAUAAAAUUUUCUUAUCUAAUUAUCAAUAAAAUAAGCUUGAGUGACCUGGUGUCAUAUUCAGA